AAUGUGUUUGGAAGAAGUAUAGGAUGAUAAGGGAUUGGAGAAAUUUUUAAAAAUGGCUACUAAAUAGUAAGUCAAUCUAAUAAAUCUAGCUAUGAAACUAAAUAUGGAACCCCAUAAAAAAAUUUGAGGGAAAAGGCUAUGACUUUAUGGCUUGAUUUACCAUCUUUUAAAGACAAAAUGAUAGUAAUGGAAUUUAUGUAAAGGAAAAUCAAUAGAAUUGAAUCUUCAUAAACUAAAAUCACUUAGUUUUUUAAAUCUCACUCAAAACCAUCAGCAACUAAAAUUUAGAAAUAAAUUGAUAUAGGAGAUGAUUAAGAAAUUACAGGUCCUUUAAUAGGUGAUAACACUCCUUUGAAAAGAGAUAGAUCUCCAUAUAGCAAAUUUUAUGAAGAAACCUAUUGGAAACUAAAAUUAGAGUACGAAUUCUUGAAUUAGAAAGAGAUCAGAUAAAUGGUUAAAAAAUAAUGGGAAAGUAAUAGAAAAAUAAUUUAAAAUAUUUGA